AUGUCUAUCGCUCGACAACUUCUACACGAGAUCCGCCCUUUCUUCCGGAUGCUGGAGGAGCCCUUUGGCAGAUCCGCUGUAGCACCCAUGUACCGACAGCGCGCCCUUUUUGACGACCCCUUCUUCCCGUCUCCUGCUGCCAUACGUCCUCCAGUUGAUGUAACAGAGGAAGGAGACAAAUACAUAUUAGAAGCUGACCUUCCUGGUGUUAAAAAAGAGAACGUUGAUAUCAGGAUAGGUGAUGCCGGCCGUACCGUCACCAUUCAAGGUAAAAUUUCCUCUCGCAAAACCAAUGACGAAUCAAACACUACCGCGGAAACAACCGGCGAGAACUCAACUGGGGCUGUGGCAAAGAGCGAGCCAGGCACACAACUUGCGAUGGAGCGCCAAUAUCCGGGCAGCGCGACCUUCAUUCGCACCGUCUGGCUGCCUCGUCCCGUCGACAGCUCCAAAGUGUCUGCAAAGCUCCAGGAUGGGAUUCUCACCUUGACCGUCCAAAAGGCUGAGGAUCAGGAGAGCAUUAAGGUUCCCCUCGAGUAA